AUGGAAGCAUUACGUUAUCUAAUGCCACGUUCACUUUUUGAUUCUUUUGGUAACUCAGUUGCAGUUAUUAUCGAUUGCUUUGAAAUCGGAAUUGAAAAACCUAGUAAUUUAAAAGCUAAAGCACAUACUUGGUCUUCUUACAAAAACAAAAAUACUGUUAAGUAUUUGAUUGCUAUAACACCUCAAGGGGUAGUAUCAUUUAUAUCUGAAGGAUGGGAAGGUAGGGUGAGUGACAAACACAUAACCGAAAAUUGUAUGUUUUUGAAAAAUUUAUUGCCAGGAGAUGUAGUACUUGCAGAUAGGGGAUUCACUGUAGGUGGGAGUAUAAGCUUUUAUUUUGUUACUUUGAAAACACCUGCCUUUACAAGGGAUCUUCCUCAAUUACACCCGUGUUCUGUUGAAGAAACAAGGAAAAUAGCAUAUGUUAGAAUAAAUGUAGAGCGUAUAAUAGGACUCACUAGAUCUAAGUAUAAAAUUCUUAAUGGCCCUAUGCAAAUUACAACUCUUAAACACCAAGAUGAUAACUCAUGUUUGUUAGAUUCAAUAGUUACAGUUUGUUGUGCUCUCAUUAAUAUGUGCAGUUCUAUUGUACCAUUAGAUUAA